UGUCGGCUUGAGGCUCUCUGAUUGGCUAUCUCACAGCAUGCCCAGGUGCUGACAAGAGGAUGGAAUCAGCAGCUGGAUCUCACUGCGUUGCAUGACAGAGACACGGAGAACGAGGUGCGCCUUGCUAUCUUUCCAGUUUUAUGCCACCCAGAUAUUUUUUAAGUUGGCAGGAGAAUUAACAACACAAGGAGAACAAAUAUAUGUAAAUUCUCACCUCAGCGGGUCUGCGCCCUCUCAGUUUAAUUCAAACCUCGUGACUCCUCAACGGUUCAUGCUGCAACCGCUGCGUAGGGAAAAUAACCUGAAGGCAAGGCAGUCAAAGUAUCUGAGAGACAUAUCUGAAGGAAGUUUACCGUUGUGCGCUUAUCUGAACGCAUCCUCCCACGUUGUGUGUCUGGGAGAGCGCUCUAUUUGGAGUCUGUAGCUGGCGGUCAUCCGGCGCCCAUUGAUCUCGUGGUUGUCCCUGCCCCGGCCUCCCGAGUGCCCCCCUGCAGCAGUACUCCGUGGCGUUGGCAAGGCCAGGAGAGAUGGGGCGCAAGCUGGACCUGUCGGGCUUGACGGACGAUGAGGCAGAGCACGUGCUGAAGGUGGUGCAGAGGGAUAUGAAGCUGAGGAAGAAGGAGGAGGACAGGCUCAGUGAGAUGAAGCAGGAGCUGGCGGAGGAAGGCAGCAGAUGCUCCGUCCUCUCCAAGCAGCACCGCUUCAACGAGCGCUGCUGCAUCCGCUGCUGCUCUCCCUUCACCUUCCUGGUCAACCCCAAGCGCCCGUGUCUGGACUGCCAGUACAACGUCUGCAAGUCCUGCCGCACCUACAGCAAGCAAGAGAAAGCCUGGCUCUGCGCCGCCUGCCAGAAGACCAGGAUAUUGAGGACCCAGUCUCUGGAAUGGUACUAUAACAACUUGAAGAGCCGCUUCAAGAGGUUCGGCAGUGCCAAGGUUCUGAAGACGCUCUACAGGAAUCACAUAGUGGAGAGAGGAGGCAACUCAGAUCUACCAGAAAGCAGUGUUCACGACGGAAGCAAUGGCAAUGAUGGCAGCGUGUGUGGCAGUGACUCCACCUUCUACAGGCAGAGUGAAGGACACAGCAUGGCAGAGACCCUCACUGUUGCCCUGCGUGUUGCUGAGGAAGCCAUAGAGGAAGCCAUCGCCAAGGCAGAGGAGUUUACUGACAGCUUGGAGAAGCAGAAUGAGGCUCGCUACCUACGGGACCACAAAGAGGAGCUUAUAGAGGAACUUGCCACAACCAUCGUACAAAAAGUAAGUUUAGAGUCUGGUGUGGAGUUUUCGGUCACAUCUAACAUUGCCCUCUCUCUCUCUCUUUCUCUCUCGCUCUUGCUCCGCUCCUCUCUUUUUCUCUGCCAGAUAAUCCAGAGGAGGAAGCGUUCAGAGAUGCAGACAGAGUAUGACUUGGUUUGGCCCCAGAGCCAGGGCCAGCCCCAGGGCAGUGAGAUGUCCUCUCCCAGCCAGCCCCCUCACAGCACCCUGGCCCAGGCCAACCAGGCCCACCUCAAGAGUUCCUACUCCCUCUGGAGGUCGCGGUCUGCGUUCUCCCUGACCAGUGACGAUUCUCCAGAGAAGAACACCGAGGCACUAGUAGGGGCAGGGGGAGGUGAAGGGGUACAGGACUACGCCUCUCUGAAGAAGGAGACCGCCAGGGCCUCCUCACUGCCCAGCUGGAAGAGUGUGGACCGCCUGGACAACUCCAGUGCGUCCUCGGUGCUGCAGAGCCCUGACGGUAACUGGAUCGCUCUGCAGAGCUCUCAGCACUCCCGUCCCAGCCUACUGACCAAGAGAAAGUCGCUAGUGUUCAGUGUCCUGGAGAAAGAGUCCGACGUGGUCUCGGCCUACGACGAGAUGGGCCCCGAGUCCGACCAGGAGGACGACAAGGGGGGCUGGGGGGCCGCGCUGCGCCAGUUCCAACGGAAACUCUCCGACGAGACCUACUACACCAACUCCCAGCACGACCCUGAGUGGACGUACACCCCGGUCCCCCUCCCGGUCACCUCGCCCUCCUCGGGCCAGUACACCAACACAGAGACCCUCAACUCUGACUCAGAGUGUUCCUCUGUACCCCCCGCCCGCCCUCGCAAACCUCUCCAGAACAUAAUGAAGAAGACAGGCCCUAACCAGGACCCGUAUCUUCAUCCCCAGCAAGCUCAGUACCACCAUCAUCAGCAUCAACACCAGAACCUCCCUUCGUACUCGCUCCACCCGGAGGCGCUGGAUGUGAACUUUAACCCCAAGGUUACGGGGGACAGUGGGCAAAGCAACCAUGUCAGGAGGUCGCGGAGACGCAGGAAGAGCAAGAAGGAGCUGGCGGGGAACCAGGCCCAAGCACAGACACACACACAGCCCCUUUCUUCGUCAUCUGCACAGGAGAACAGUUUCCUGCUGAACGCCCUGCUAAAGAGUGGCAUGAGUGAGGAGAUGCCAGGGCCUGAUGUGGGGCCCAUGCCCGAGACCUCUUCGGUCAUGACCCCCGAGCCCAAGAACCAGGACACUGUGGCCCCUAACUCUGCGGUCCCCAGCUCCCCUAACUGCAUGGCCCCUGGUCCCCUGUCCCCCAGCAGCUCUGGGCCCGGCUCGGGAGACACACUGGAGCAGGAGCUCUACUCCAAACUGGGCCAGCUGGUUGGACGAGCCAGCAGCAAGGAAGUAGCGAGCUCGUCCGAGGAUGAGCCAAUCAAAAGUCCCGGAAGGAGAGACAGAGAAAGUGACAGACAGAAAGAGAAGCUGAGGCAGAAUGAGAGAGAACGAGAUCCCCAGAGACAGAGUGAGAGACAGAGCAGUAAAAGUAGGGAUAGGACGAAGCGAGAGACGAUUGAGUCAGUGAACGGGCCGGAACUGAAAAAGAGAGAGCGUCUAAGGGAAAGUCAGGAGGAGAUAGUGAAGGAGAGGAGGUUGGACAGAGGAGGAAAGAGUUUGGAAGAGAAAGUAGAUGGCAGGGAAAAUAAGACAGUGGAGAAGAACAGGCAAAGUAAUAGACUACAGAGAAAAGAGGUGGACAGAGAGACCGAAAGAAAGGGGGAACAAGUGGAAGAUCGAAAAGAAAAGACAGGAUCCACGCCCUCCUCGCCUGCAAUUACCCCAUCUAUCCAGGAGGGGGUGCUGUGUGACGGACAGAAGUACUCGGCCGCAUCGCUGUGCAGUAUCACCACAGAGGUACUGAAGGUGCUCAACGCCACAGAGGAACUGAUUGGUGAGGCGGGGGGCGAUAGUGUCACCCCCUCUGAGUGCAUGAGCGCGUCUGAGUCCUUCCUCAGCAACUUAGAGACCAGGAAGCUGGACCAGAAACUCACCAAGAUGGAGGAAAACGUGUACAUGGCUGCGGGGGCGGUGUACGGCCUGGAGGGGGCACUGGGGGACCUGGAGAAGGUGGCCCGAGGCAUCAGCAGUGGCACCUCAGACAGAGACCUGGCCUUCCUGGAGGACCAGGUGGCCACUGCUGCCGCCCAGGUGCAGCAGUCUGAGCUCCAGAUAUCCGACAUCGAGGAGAGGAUAUUAUCUCUAAAAACAGCUGGACUGAAUGUCACCGCCUACAAUCGUUUCUCCAACUUCUCCAAGCCAAAACCUAAGCCUCAAACCCUUGACACAUCACGCCAACAGAGGAGAAAACUACCUGCCCCUCCGGUCAAAGAUAAGGAGUCUGAGCAGCAGGUAACAGCACCUCAUCCGUAGCGACAGACAGAAAGCACAAAGAGUCCCUCAGAGGCCCCGCGGGGUCUCUCCACUCCAGUGCCUUGAUCCAGCGUCUGCCUUGGGCUAUGCAGGGGCCAACACCUGCCCUGUGCACCCCACCCAGCGCUCUCCUCAGCCAGGCACGGCCCCAUCCAGUCACCCCCUGAAUACCUCCAGACCCCUUCCCUGCCUCCCUCAGCCCAGGACUGACUCAUUCAACCUCCCAACCUACUCCAUCAGCCCCCUUGGGCCUCAUUCACUGUAACUACCACACCGCAACGCCCACAACAGGGUGGUUUGAUGGACGACGUGUCUCUGCCUUAAAAUCAGCGAACGAACACUCCUCGCCGAGACAACUCACUGUCCUACUGUCAAAAGAAGACCUAACUUCAAAGUCCUUGUACAGAAAAUAAGAUAACCUCCGUCAGUCAACUGUUUGCAAGGGUGUUGUAGGUGUUUGAAGAUGUGAAAAACCAUGUGAAAACUUCUGUGAUUGAAUGUCCCAAAAAAAGGCUGAGCCAUGUUUUAUACUACUGUUUUUGUUCUUGUUGUUUCUCUCACUGAUGAAUUGCAGAGCACCUACAGAACCUGUUCAAUGUUGUCAUUUUAUUAUUAUUUCUGUGUAAAGACUCAAAAGUAAUCAUUUCCUUGAACUAGCAGAUAACAAUCCUCAUUCACUACGGUCCGGUCUGACGUGUUUUCGAAUUUUGGAUUAGAGGUUCACUUAGAGGUUCACAGAAACAUCUGGCAUCCUCUCCUGUUCCUUUAUUCAUUAUUUACAUUACGGUAACAGCUAAACACACCUCAAUCUUUUGAAGGAGGUGAUUUUGAGAUGAGCUAAUUACUCUAGCGCUCAGUUACCAUAUUUGGAGAAAGAUUGACUAAAUUGCUAGGCCCACACAAUGACAGUUUAUGUAAUAUCUGUUUUGCAAGGCCAAAAUAACCUCCAUCCACAUGUUGUGAGACUUUGGCAUCUGGCUCCAGAGAGACCAAGGCCAAAAUAAUGCAAUGCGAAAAUAUUUAGUUGCAUUAACAAAUAAUGAAACAUUUAUCACACAAAUGGUCUACCUAUUAUAUAAAGUAUAUGUAAAGCAUUUAUGAACCCAAAGAAGCCAACAUUAGAAUAAAUUGACACAUGUUUCUUGACCAAACAAAAACAAUCUCUCUAUGAAAUCUUCACCAUUCUGUAUUUUUUGUUGUUGAAUAUGCUUCAUUCUAUAGCUAGAGGACUCCUGAUAUCUCCAGGAGUGAUAAGCAUCAUUUUUGUCUUAAUUUGUUGUUGUCUAGUACUGUCUUUUGCUAGCUAGGGCCAUCUACUUUAAGUGAUAUCUGUCUUCCCAGUAGCAUACUUGGUGUGUGAACUGCUGCCUGCUCAUAACUUGCAGAUGAUGGUUGACACAUUAACUAGGAUUAAAGGACAGGGCAAUUUGUGCGUGAACUAAUACUCACACUUGAAUUUAUUUUCCUACUAGCACUGACGUUGCUGAUAGCUACUUUAUUGAGGAAAAAUAUAUGUACUAUGACUGAGAUAUUUGGCUGUCCCACCAAGCUAUCUUAAGGUGAAUGCACUAACUGUAAGUCGCUCUGGAUAAGAGCAUCUGCUAAAUGACAAAAAUGUCAAAUGUAUAUUUUGCUUGUUAUUUUUAUGUUUCAUUUGUUUCAGCUUUGUGGCCUUUAUUUGGCAUACAUUUUGAUUUCUCUCCUGUGCUAUAUGGCUCCAAUAAUUAAUUGUACGUUGUGUUAAAUAUCUUGUAAAGAUUUAUACAUCAUGAAGUCUACUGGGCUUUAUGACAAAAUGCCAUGAAAAGCAUGAUUUUAUUUUUGUACUUUUGAAGAUUGUUAUUACGCAGUUCUUUUCACUAAAACAAAGUGGGCGGAAACCAGUCCAGGCUUUAUUCUCCCCCUCUGAAAGGUUUUCUCAUCAGUUAAGUCUGAAGCCGUGUCAUGUUUCCUUCUUCAAAGUGCUUUACAUGUAUGCCUGCAUUAAUUGUCUGAAAAUGUGUGAUUUUAAUGGGGAUGAUGGUAUUCAUAUUCAUGAUAACAUGGGAGAUGCGAUAAAUAACAGUUGAUGCGGUGUCUGGUAUUACUCCAAUGACCGCGGUGAGAGUCUGGAAUGCCAGGCCUGUGUUUUUUAUUAGCGUCUCAGAGUAGGGGUGCUGAUCUAGGAUCAGGCUUUCCCUGUCCAUGUAACCAUAUUCAUUGUGAUCUACAACACAAAAUGGAUCCUAGAUCAGCACUCCUACUCUUGAGAUACUCUUGAGAGGCCCUGGUCAUUAUAUUGAAAAUAUUAGAUAGUAUAUUAAUGUAGAGGAGAUGAAAUACAGUGUUGAGGGAUUCUGUUCCUUAGUAAUUACAGGUAAAAUAGUAUGACGUUUGCUCUGGUUCAGGUUGUUACGUGCAGCUUGACCUUUCGUCACGUGGGGUCCUGUUGUGGCUCAGUUGGUAGAGCAUGACGCUUGCAAUGCUAGUGUUGUGGGUUCAAUUCCCACGGGGGACCAGUAUGAAAAUGCUACUGUAAGUUGCUCUGGACAAGAGCGUCUAGUAAAUGACAAUAAGAAUAAUAUGUAACGCCCUGUACCGGAGCUAGUGACAGGUUAUUCCCAUACCUAUGCACUUCGGUUAUAUUAUAUUUGAACACUGUGCACUGGUAAGUCCUUCCAUCCAUCCUAUGAUCCCAUUUGACAGGUUAUGCAUAUCGCUCCUGAAUGUCAUCGUUGUUCCUGGAUGUGUGUUGUGUAUCAACGCAUGUUUCUGGUUUUAAAUAGAUGUACAAAAUUCGAGAAGCACAGCCAAAGGGGUUCAUUAUUAUCAAUGUCCUGUAUUUUUCUAUUGUAAAAAAAAAUAUUUUAUCUCACCUCCUAAUUUGUUUAUAGAUAUAUAUAUAUAUAUAUAUAUAUAUAUUAUAUAUAUAUAUAUAUAUAUAUAUAUAUAUAUAUAUAUAUAUAUAUAUGGAUUAUAUAUAUAUAUAUCCAUAUAUAUGUAAAAAAAAAUAAAAAAAAUGGAUAUGACAUAUAAAAUAAUUGCCCAAUCAUAAACUUGAUCCUUCUGUGUUGUCUGCGGGAGGCAACCAGCUGUCCCUAUGUUCCUAGGCCGCAGUGAAGUUCACUUUGCACACCUCUGAUGGACUAUUCACUCAUAUGCGCAAUCGUUUGUUGCAAUCCAUAUCAUGUGUCGGGGAAAAAAUAUUAAGAAGCAAAAAAUACAGAUUCUCUAUGUGCCAAAUUGCUCUGAUUUGAGAAAAAGUGUAAUACUAAUUGAAUAAAGUUUGCACCUGAAUGAC